UCGUUUUUUCUCAAUAGUUGUCAGAGCCUCGGGUCACUCACUCACUAGUCGUCGUGAGGCAUCUUCCACUCCCUUUCUCUCUCUCUCUGUCUCCCUGUCCUCCACCUUCUCAGGCUCCAGCAUCCUUUUAGCAAAGGCUGAGAAAACCGUGGACGGCGAAGCAGUUCGUAUAUACCUAAGUCGUUUGAGCUCUGCAUUAUCCGCCUGAGUGAACCAGUAACACCAACACAAGUCUUUUCUCAAGUUCUCGACCCAAACUCCGACCAUGUCCGGCGAAGACGCACCUGCCCAGCAGCAAAACGCCGAAGAGCAGAAGCAACAGCAGCAGGCGCAGGAGGAGACCAAGACGCCCGCCGAGUCCCCAAAAACCGAGAGCAAACCCGACCCACCUCCCACCAGCGCGUCCACCGAGGCCGCCGCCGACACCCCAGCGCCCGCCGCGGAGAAAGCCCCAGAGGAAGACACGUUCAGCUACCGGGCUCUGGUGCUGACCGGCUACGGCGGGUAUGAUAAGGUGAAGCUCCAAGUGAAGAAGGGGAAACCGGCUCUCAAGAGCGGCGAGGUGAUGGUGCGCGUGAAAAUGUGCGGGCUGAACUUCGCAGAUCUGAUGGCGAGACAGGGACUGUACGACCGGCUCCCGUCCCCGCCGGUAACCCCGGGCAUGGAGUGCUCCGGGAUCAUCGAGGCUGUCGGUGAAGACGUGACUGACAGAAAAGUGGGUGAUAAGGUCCUGGUCCUGAACCGGAGUGGUAUGUGGCAGGAAGUAGUAGUGGUGGCGACCACACACACCUUCCUGAUGCCAGAGGGCAUGAGCUUUGAGGAGGCGGCGGCACUUCCUGUCAAUUACAUCACCGCCUACUUGAUGCUCUUUGACUUUGGGCACCUGCGUCCCAACCAGAGCGUACUCAUCCAUAUGGCUGCAGGUGGGGUGGGCAUCGCUGCCACUCAGUUGUGUAAAACGGUGAAUGAUGUCACAGUGUUUGGCACCGCCUCGGCCAGCAAGCACGAGGUCAUCAGUCAGGGGGGAGUCACGCACCCCAUUGACUACAGGACACGAGAUUAUGUGGAGGAGAUCCGUAAAAUCAGCCCCAAAGGCUUGGAUAUUGUUCUGGAUCCUCUGGGAGGCUCUGACACCCAUAAGGGCUUCAACCUACUGAAACCAAUGGGGAAGCUCAUCAGCUACGGUGCUGCUAACAUGUUGGCGGGUCAGAAGAAGAGCCUGUUUGCGGUGGCCAAGACCUGGUACCAGCAGUUCUCCGUACACACCCUGAGCCUGAUCCAGGGGAACCGCUCCGUGUGUGGAUUUCACCUGGGGUACCUGGACUCUGAGACCGAGCUCAUCGCUCAGGCCAUGGCAGUUGUUGUGGACCUGUACAGACAGGGCAAGAUCAAGCCCCGAAUCGACUCCACCUACCACCUAGAACAGGUUGGUGAUGCCAUGCGUAGGAUGCAAGAGAGGAGCAACAUCGGUAAAAUCAUCCUCACCACUGAGCCCAUGAAGGAAGAGGAGAAGAAAGAGGAGGCCAAGAAAGACGAGGAGAAGAAGAAAGAUGACAAGAAAAAGGAUGACAAGAAGAAGGAUGACAAGAAGAAGGACGACACCAAGAAAGAGGAGAAGAAGAAGGAAGAGGCAAAGAAGGAUGACAAGAAAGCAGAAGAAAAGAAGGAAGAAGCCAAGAAAGAGGAGAACUGAGUGGAGAGAAACAUUGUGGAUGUUCUUUGUGUCUGUGUCAGCGAUUUGGGAGUGGUCUGACUGUGUGUGUGUGUGUGUGUGUGUGUGUGUGUGCGUGUUUGGAGGGGUGUAUAGUGUAAUUAGCUUAACCCCAGGUGAUUCCGGACAUUUAGACCUGUCUUUCUGCAAUCAGUCAAUCAACAGAAUUCACACACAACUUACAUUCUCAAACGCACACACACACACACACACACACACACACCAAGGGAACACACCACUUUAUUGUUGUAGUAACCCGGGAGAAUUUAUUCCUGGUUCUGCUGCAUCCUUUCUUACUAUUUCGAAUGACUGCAUGCCACCGUGUUAGGGCAGUAUUAUCCUUUUUAUAAAUAUCACCUCAGUGUUUACUCAACCAACGUCUUUAAUUAUAUAACAAAAUAACCUUAUUCUGCACCCUUUCAAAUCGUACUACCAUAUCCUCUGGUAUUCCUGCCAAACUAAUGCACUAUAAAAAUUAUUGUAUACCACUGAAAUAUUCUUUGUAGAUGCAAACCAAAAACCACCUUGUUCACUCUACACCCCUCCGUGUGUUUGUGUAUCCGCCGUGAGAUUGGGUUUUCUGUUCCCUUUUCAUCUCUGUUCUGAAGUGGGUGCUCUUGUUUGAUUGGCCAUACGUCAUCAAAAGUGACACAUUUUUUUUCUGCCCACAUUGGCACACAAAAACAAAAGCACCCACCUACACUCCCAUUGUUUAUGUUGUUUUCCCCUCAUUGGACCAGACUCACUGACAUGCACUCAAGCUCCACCCCCCCGGAGGAGUCAGGGUGGUCUGGGAUUGGCCGAGAGGGACAAGAAGUUUCUUUCAUGCGCACACGUGUGCCCUGAACACGUCGCUGACGUUACUCCAGAAACUAACAAGGGUGUCUUCAGCUGAUCAUUGUGCCAUGUCAUUAAAAUGGGGCGAGCACCAGGGUUUUAAUGAGUCUAGGUUGGUAAGCAGGACCAUUUAUAGAGAGCAUUCUCCCAGUCUUUUUCCCAUCGUUUCACUUGUGUCAGAUGUGGACUCUUGAAGACAGGAGUGGCCUUUCUUUCCAGAACCUCCUCCAGGAUUCUUCAGGAUCCUGACGCUUUCUGCCCCGCGUUCCUGUGACGAUCAUGCUGACCUGCAGUUCGCAUUUACAUAUGAUCUCCACUCCGUCUGUCUCUCUCUCUCUCUCUCUCUCUCUCUCUCUCAUACCGUUCACUUACCCUUUUCGUCUUUGUGGUUGGCAUAGCAACAGCAGUUAGACUAGUUAGGGAUGACAGUUAGGUCUCACCCCCACAUCCCAGAUAGACACAAACAUACAGCCACUCAUAUCUUCACAGCAGCAGCUUUAAUACCAUAAACUUUGUGGUUUUAUUUGAAUGCAUUUAGGAAUGUGGCUACACCCACCCUCUCUUAGACAUGUCAAUCAAAAACCCUCUGGCUCCUCCCCCUCCUGUUUUUCAGAGAGCAGUAAUCUACUGCCUCCGCUGGUGAUUUAAAUGCAUUGCAGUGCUAUCAUUCAAGUAAUCAAGACACCGCUGACCGCUUUUUCUUUUCACACUGUGAGUCUGGUUCAUUUCAGUGAGUGUUUAUGUAAAACAAAACCAGAUCCCCUCUUUUAUAUGUGUGUUUGUUGUGUGUGAGUAUGUGUGUUUCUGUUUUUGACCGUCUGUCCUCAGGUUUGUUGUCAGAUUUAGAUUCAAAUGUUCUUUCUUUCUGUCACUCUACCUCCCUCAUGCUACCUUAUUCUACAGUCUGGCAUUUUAACUGUCUCUUUCUCUCCUCUUCUGUCAGUUUCUAACUCUCACCAUCACUCUAUUGAAUAUUCCGGCCCCCGUGAACGGCCUGCAUUGGUCUGCUUGCACUUAUAGGGAAUGGUGGUUCCACACCUGAUCCAUUGCAUCUCUGAAUCCCGUCCGGGUUUUUACUCCGACCUUCCGUUUCAGUCACAUUCGUUCUCCCACCAACACACUCACUCUUUAUGCGCCUCUGAAACCAAGAAACGAGCGUUUGAACAUGCAUGGAGAUGCUCAGAAGGCCACAUUGUUUGAUGCAUGCUCGUGUUAACAUAAUCACUAUGAGUGCAGAUAACCGUUCAGACCCAGAAUGCACUGGGGUGGGUGUGGAACAGUCAAACUAGUCCGAAGAGUCACCGUGUUUCAACUUACUGAAUCACGAUCUGGUUUUUAGUUUUGGGUCUGAGGGAUUGAGUUUCAGUUUUCUUGUUGUGUUCCACUAGUUCCUUUGGAUGGUGACUUUAACUAACACUUCAGUGAAAAAUAUCCGUCCUUUUUGUAUUUUGUUAGAUUCUUUUUUUUUUUUAAUGUUUGUUUGUUUUUGUGGUCUGCAUUUCAGUAGUAUUUUGAGUUGGCUGCAGUUCCUCUAAAAUGUGAUGAAUCAUGUGAUUUUCGUUGGUCCUGACCGAGUGUGCCAAACUUUUUCGUGAAGACAUGACCUUCGCUAUAACUGUGCUUACUGUACUGAAGAAAAAAAAAAAGCAAAGAAUGAAAGAUGAAGAAAAAAAUAACCUAACCGUCUGUGGUUUUGUCAAAAUGGCCUUGCAGUAAAAGAUCUUGAGAUUCUGAAUUCGCUCCUGUCGUGUGUGGUCGACUAUGCCCUGAAUAUUAUUGGUGCUGACUGAUUUCUGACUUUUUUCGUUUUCCGCUAAUGCUCGAAUCCAUGCAAAACCUCUCGUUCUCACUGUGCUUCAGUAGUAGACCAACACCAGAUUGCCUCCACGCAUGUUUACAGACGAAAGCAUAUAGACACACGUAGACAGUCCCCUAUGGCCGUCUCAGCUCUGCUGUCCUGAAGGGCUGGGAUCUCAUUCCCACUGAUCUGAAAACCCCCAGAUUAGGUCUACUGUUGUUUACGGAUGCACUUUUGUGUAUCAUGUAGUUGUUUGUAGGAAAUUAGGCGUAUUUUCUAAACUAUGACUUGAGGUAACCCCCCCCAAAAAGAUCCAGCAGCAGUCAGAAAGAAUAAAUGAUUAAUGUCUGUGUAGUUUUCCAAGAUGUUUCGGGCCACGGCAUUUGAAAGCCAUUCGUUUUGUUUUUUGUUUUUUUGUUUCUCAGUGAAUGUACGGUAAUUAAUCGUGAUCCUAAAAGGAUAGUUCACCUAAAAAUGAAAAUUGUUUACUCCACUUCAUGUCGUUUUAAACCUGUGUGACUUCAUUUGUCUGUGAAGCAUAAAAAUAUAUUUUUCCCCAUGCAAUGGAAGGAAGUCGAUGGUAACCAAAACAGUUUUGUUACCAAUAUUCUUCAAAAUAUUGUAUUUUUGUGCAAAAGAAAGAGCCAUACAGGUUUUGAAUGACAUGAAGGUGAGUAAAUAAUCAUUUAAUUUAAAUUUUUGGGUGAACUAUGGCUUUAACAUCGAGUCCUAGAGUCCCGUUCACAAGCAAACCCUGCUGUGUUUUCAUUUCCAGAUGAUCCAGCAGCGACAUUCCGGUUCUGGAACUCAUCUCGCUUGCUUAUGACAUCAGAGCGGCUGUCGAUUUGGUCUCGUCCCUAGUUCUGUCUGCAUUGGCUAAGGUUAAGCACCGUUGGGUCCUUUCAGAGACCAUUCGGAGCACCCACACCCCAAAACACUGACAUCUGGGCUGGGAAUGCUCACUUUAAAUCUCUCAAGGUUUAGACAUUGUUACAGCAUGAUGGUUUGGAGUAUUCUUCCUCUUCCUUUUUAUUUUGGAGCUCACAACGGCUCCACAAUGAGCUCAGCUGCAGGUGUGAGUGUCUCUCGUGGAUAUGGAAUUGUGCGACUGGGAGCCAGAGAGAGGCUCGGGUUGAGCCAAGCUGCUUCCUUCCUCAGUCUCUCAAUCCAAUAGCUUUCCCAGAGCAGGAAAUGCUCCUCAGGUUUGUGGAGUGCAGAAUUCCUGCUGCAAAUGCAGCCUUGACCAGCGCUAAAUCGCAUCAUGCCUAGACUUUAUUUACAAUGUUAGAUUCACAAACGUAGCGCAGUUUGGUGUGACUACAGUGAAAUGUAUUUAUUAAUUUAUGCAUCAAUGAAACCACUAAUGAAAUGAAGCUUUGAAAGGCUUUUAGCUCUGGAUUUAUACGGCAGAUGUAUUUGCCUUCUCUUUGUCUGGCACAUACGAGAAACAGCGAGUCAUUGUGGACUGUUUCCCACACAUGCUUAGCGUAACAGGGAUAUUUUUGUCUUGCAAAUCUACACUGCGCACAUCACACUGUCUUGAUGCACUUUUUAUGUACAUUCGGAUGCAUACUUAUGCUAAUAAAGAGACAUGGUGAUUUUGCAGACUUUUAAGAGAGAUCUUGAGUCAAAAAAAAGUCUCUGUUUGCACUCUGUGAAUUAUAGUUCCAACUUUCCUGCUUGGCUUUUUGACUGAAGAGCCAAUCAGAGGCACCAGCUUGCAUUCCUGUUCACUGAUUGGUUCUAAAUUCAAACCCCGCCCCUAUCCGUCAGCAUUAAUGCUCCUUCCCCCUCCACACACGUCAGAGAAGCACCACGGGUUGUUUGUGUUGUUGUUGUUUGUUUCUCAAAACCCUCCAUUAAAACUUUCUUCAUUUAAUUUUGAGAAUCUGAAGUGCUGCUGUUUCUGUGCUUGACUCUGGGUUGGUUGGACUGCGUGUGGUCAUGAGGACCGUAGAGUUCAUAAUGCUUCUGUGUGUGAUGUGACCAUUUUGCCUUACAUGUUUUCCAGGACUAAUUAAAGAGCAUAACUAAAA